UCACCAACCUUAUGAUUGGUGGGUCCCACUUUUAAACUCGUAAUAUCGUCUACGCUCGAUACCACGUAAGAAUAAGAUACGCAUUUUUUUUCCCUUUGGUGGAAAUUGAGUUUCUGUUUCUGGGUUAAUGGACUCUGGAGAAACUAGGGUUUUGUCGAAUCACAAACGUUUUGUCUUGAGUAUUGACCAUGAAUAUGAAACAAAAUUGGAGCCUCCUUCAAUGAUGAAGAAGAAGGAAUUAAAGCCUAUUGAAUACUCGCAGAUUAGCCCCAAUAAUCUCCAGACAAAUGGACUAAGUUCGCAGCAGAUAUCACACUCAUACAAGUGUCUCUAUGAGUUUGAGGAUUCCUUCUAGUAUCCAUCUGAAGAUUUAGUUUGAAGUUAUACUUAUGGGUAGCAAUCAAGAAAGAUUGUCAGUUUCAUCAUUGUCAAUGACAACAGCCCAACCUAGAGGGGAUUCACUAGCGAUAGAUGUUGAAUCUUGGAUGAUUGCAGAAGAGAGAGCUCAUGAGAUACUAAGCGUUAUCCAACCUUUCUUGGUUUCAGAUAGAAAUAGGCAUGAGAUCAUUGAUUACGUACGAGCUCUAAUCAGGAGUCAUGAUGGAAUUGAGGUAUUUUCAUUUGGUUCAGUGCCACUGAAAACCUAUCUCCCAGAUGGAGAUAUCGAUUUGACGGUCAUAACUAAGCAAAAUAUGGAGGAUAAAUUCUUUGAAAAAUUGUACAAUACACUUAAGAGUGAGGAAGGAAAAUCUGAAUUCGAUGUAACUGAUGUUAAGUUUAUCCCUGCACAGGUCAAGGUCAUAAAAUGUAACAUCAGGAACAUUGCUGUUGAUAUCUCCUUUAAUCAAAUGGCGGGUCUCUAUGCUUUAUGUUUUCUGGAACAGAUUGACCAACUCUUAGGGAGAGAUCAUCUUUUAAAGCGUAGCAUCAUCUUAAUUAAAGCUUGGUGUUAUUACGAGAGCAGAAUUCUUGGUGCCAACACAGGAUUGUUCUCAACAUAUGCAUUGUCGAUACUAGUCUUGUAUAUCAUCAACCUAUUUCAUUCGUCAUUGUCCGGCCCUUUAUCGGUUAUGUAUAAGUUUUUGGACUACUAUGGUUCAUUUGAUUGGAGCAAGUACUGUGUCAGUCUCAUUGGUCCUGUGCCAAUAUCUUCCCUUCCAAAAAUUAUCGCAGUUUCUCCCGAAAAUGGACAUCAAUUAUUUCUUGACGAGAAGGCUUUAAAAACGUGUGUAGAGUUAUAUUUUGCAUCUCCAACCAAAGCUGUGGAAACAAAUGGUCUUGAGUUUCCUAUCAGACAUCUCAACAUAAUUGAUCCUCUUAAACACAGCAACAACCUCGGAAGAAGUGUUACAAUAGGAAAUGUCCAACGAGUAAAACAUGCUUUUACACUGGGAGCUCGAAAGCUCAGAGAUGUUCUUUCACAACCUUAUGAGACCAUUGGAUGGAGGCUGGAGAAAUUCUUUGGCAGUUCCUUGGAGAGGAAUGGUAAGGGACAAAGACAAGAUGUGUAUGAUCCAGUUACUGCGUUUGGUACUGGAAGGUCAGAACUAUCUGAACUCACUGGAGACUUUCAAGGUUACUAUGGAAGACUUGUGAGCUACCAAAACAACGAGUUUUAUCUAAGAGGCUUGAAUGGUUCAACCUGGAUGCAGCCUAACGGCUAUCAAAACAUGGGAAAGAGGAGAGGAACAGGAACUUAUAUUCCUGAUAUGAGUCAACAGUUGUACCAUGACAGGUUCAGAGGUUCGGGUACUGGAAAGUCAGCAGCUCAUCAUAGAGACGCUUCCACUGAGGCAAAUGGAGCCAGUAGUAGCUUCAAUCUUUCUGGUGAAGUGGCUACUUCUUCUGCCAGUAUCAAAGGAAAAGAACGUGUGAAAUCAGAUUCUAUAUCUUCAAGCAUACCUGAAAAGGAGAAUGACAAAGAAGAAGAAGAGAGCAAAACCUCCCAAACCUUGAAGAGUUCUUGACUUUAGUGAUUGUAACAGAAUCUUUGGUUGGUUUCUUGGUAAUACCUUCAGGAUAAUUAUGUUGUUGUAUCUUUAACCGCAUGGAAAAACUCUUUUUAGCAUUUAAAAGAUUCAUAAGGAACU